UCUGUGCAACCUUAUGUGCUACGAAUGUACGAAGUUUCUGGAUUAUUGUCCACUGCGUUAAUAAAAAAACAAGUUUCCACGUUGAUCAGGCAGGUCAGCAGGGAGGCGGGAGAGGUCCCUAGAGGACAGCGCGAGAUGGCUGAUUUCAUCUGCAGCCAAGAUGGUGUUAUGCGCUUCAAAAAGAGAAAGGCACGGUUCACAUUCAGCGAGGUCCACAUCCUGCUGGAUGAAGUGAGGAAGAACCGCCACAUCGUCGUUGGCAAGUUCAACCGCGGCGUCCCCACAGAGGUGAAGAAGCGCACCUGGGCCGAGAUCACAGCUCGCGUGAAUGAGAUCGGCGAGUGCCAGCGCGAGAUCAUCGAAGUUAUCAAGAAGUGGUCCGACCUCAAGUGCGACACCAAGCGCAAGGUGGCCGCCAUGCGUUCCGGGACCGUCCCCUACAGGGGCAUGAACUCGCGCCUCUCCCGUGACCUCUCGCCCGUGGAGAACAUUGUGCACCAGAUCCUGGAGUUGGACGGCAAGCGCGGCCGUCUGCCCACACCCAGCAGCGGCCUCUACCCCGGUGCAGGGCUUGGGGACGAGGAUGAAGGGGACGAGGAAGAGGAGGAGGAGGAUGUCAUGCUGGGGAUGCCCUCUUCCUCCUUCCACAGCUUGUCCAAUGGUGGGCUGGACACCCCAGCCAUGCCUCUUCCCUCCUCGGCACUGGGAAUGCCCGUCCCCCUUUCUCUGCCACUGCCCCCUGUCUCCCUACCGCACAAAGACGACCACACAGGGGCGUCCCCGGUCUACUGCGUCGGAUCGCGAGAGACGUCGCACACUCCUUUUGAGAUGCAGUAUGAAAUACCGAGUGCUGAAGACCAGGACCAACAGCUGGUCGACUCGGACGAGGAGAACCAUGAGGAACCUCUGCCCCCUGUCCUUCCGCCCCCAAACCCUGCAGAGGAGGUGCCUCUGGUGACCGGACUGAGGCGCUCCACUACUGCUGCCACCAGUGCCAACCUGGCCCCGCCUCCCCUUCCGUCAUCCUCCGGGUCGCACUCGCAGCCCCCGCCGGUCCCCGGCUCCAGCGAGAAGCUGGUCCAGAGCGCGGCGCUCAGCGUGCAGGAACAGCACACCACCAACGUGCUGCUGGAGACGGUGUCGCGCUCCCUCGAGCUGCUGGCCGAGUCCGUGCAGCAGCUGACCGAGACGCAGCAGGAGUUCGUGCGCGACUCCCUCCAGCUGCAGCGCGAGACCGUGGCCAUCCUGCGAGACUUUGCCAGCGGCGCCCUGGCGCUCAUGCACGAGAAGCUCAACGGCCGGCCAGGGCUGUAGAGGCCAGGGGAACCGUUACCCUCUGCCCCCGCCCAGUCUACAGGGCAUUCCACCCAGACGAGCACCCGGCCCUGCGAGCGUACGCCAAAAUGGGAGUGAGCAGAUGUGAUGGGACCAGGGGGUGUGUGGGGCUCGGGGUUGAGCUUGCUGUGGCAGGCCAGGGCUCCUCCUGAUCAUCAGCCGUGUUACUUGAAUGGAAUGAAAACCCAGCUCUCUGAACAGAGGCAGGGACGCAGCACUCAAUGUGUUCGAUUACCAGUCGGCUGUUCUGGCACGUCAGCGUGUCAGCAACAGGCAGCAUGUGGUAGCUGUGCAAUCUUACGCUAUCGAUUUUACACCGAUGGAUUUUGUUUGGCUCAUGGGGAUUCGAUAUGUUUGCUAUUUUGCCACUGACCAACACAAUGGAAAAACGAACACAGCAGUCAGCGGCAGCGGGCAUUGCGUCUCAGGCCUAAGGGUGGCCAUUUUCACAUUAGGAUGGUUCUUAGGGUUUUUUUUUUUUUAUCCCACCUUCCGGAUUGCUAUAGUGUGAAGCAGCUUGAUAUUCAAGUUUGUGCCCCCCCCCCUUUCCGUUUGGGGCAGCAGCCUCAUGCAGGAAAUUACCUCAAUCCACCUUUGUUACCCUCAGGGCCAAAUAAAGGUUACAGGUAACAAACGUGUGACAUUAUGUAUGAUGCUGGGAAUUUGACUUUUGACGCUCUGGGCUUGGGAAGAACACUAGACAGCAAGCCUACUGCAACAAAGAGGUGGUUUUGUUAGGGUCAGAACUGGACAGGACGGUCUGAAGUCUGCCAAGGGACUGGUCACCAUGGAGUCAUUUCGUGUUUUUAAUUCUCAAUGGUUCAAUUGGUUCAUUCCGCAUGAUAUGUAGAAGACGUUUUUCAGAACGUGACUGACCAGUCACCUUGUCUAAAUGUGUGAUCCAGUCCUAUAUCAAAGCUAUAAAGAAACAAAAUGGUAUGAAUUUCUGUUAUGAGUGUUUUUAUAUCCAUGAAUGUGAGAAAAAUGCUUCCAGAGGUGUUUGUAGCAGGUUCUUGUUUUUACAGAGUCUGGAUGACAUUUCUCAACUGGAUCAGGUCAUAGGUUGCCAACAGUAAUAACAAGUAAAUUGAUUCACAUACAUGUACAUGUAUUAAAUGUUAAUUUUCUAAAAAUAAAGUGAAAUUUAAAAAU